GCAGUGCAAGCGGUGCCGCUGGGAGACGGUGCUUUAGGAGACAGCACAAACAGCAGGCAGGCAGCUGCCGUGCCCCGCUCGGAACGGGCUUUAAAUAGCUGCUGGCCUUCCGCUGGCAGGGCCUGACCCGGCCGCCUCCCGCUUGGCUGAGCGGCGGAGGGGGCGGGAGGUUGGUGAAGCCCUGGCAGUAAAAAGCUCUGGUCAGUUUUUCCUUGCAGCCUUGGUAAUCCAGGCCGGCUCUAACUGUGUCACUUCAUCCCGUUUGUGUUCUCUGUGCUGCAGUGGUCUCGGGAGGAGCAGUGUCUCCGUGUCCCGGCGGUGGGUAAUGGCUUUUGUUGUUGCGGGAUUUUUUUCCCUCUCUUUUAAAAUAGUGGUGGUAAGUGCCAGCUCAGUGACCUUUGGGGAGCAUGGACCUCCACUUGCUUGAAGAGUCCCUGCUGUGGUGCGUCAGUGCUGGUGCUUAAAGUUGCCCGCUGGCCCUGCUUGAGCCUCCUGCGAUAAGAGGGGAGUAUGAUGCAGCCUGUUCAGCCUUGAAGCAUCUAAUCCUGGAGACAGACGUCUGAGUCACAGCGGUGCUGUGCUGCGUUACUCAUUUACAGUGCUAAUCCUGCAGACGGCAGGCGAGGGAGCUGCCUGCGUGUCGCACACCUAAUGUCUUUUCCUUAUGGAUAGCCAUUGUUUUUGGGGGAAUUUUUUUGCCAUUAAAAAGUACCUUUUGGCACCUGAAUGCAGUUCUUUAUUUAACUGUCACUGCCUUGCAUCACAAAACCUUUUUUAAGUGCCUUUCACAGAAAAUUGCCACAUCCUUCCCUCUGCUGUGUUCAGGCACGUUUUACUUGGGUUAUUUUAAUCUUAUGAGUCAACCCUCCCUGUCACUGCUACCCCUUUGAUUUUUUUGUUCUGAGAAUCUUUAAAUCAUAUUUAAGAGACUGAGGCCUAGAUACUGCUUUUCUGGGUUGUGUACAGUCUGUGCAGAAGGCUUGCACCCAUUCCCUCCAUUCCACGAAGCGAUUUCUCUGAAGGAGUGGGUUUGCAGAUGGGUGUAUCGUGGCCCCUUUUUGCUCGGGUUUCGGUCCUUUUGAGUCUCAAGGUCGUUUAUUUUCCUGUCUUUGGCAACACCCAGUGGUUAGCAAGUCUAUGAUGAAUGGAAGGCUGCACCUCUUUUCAGCUGGCUGCAAACAAUGGCGAGUGAACUCAUGCAUAGCAGUUGUGUCAGCAGCUGCCUUUUGAACCUGCUUUUAUUUCUCACAGAUUUAGGAGUCUCUGCCCCCUUGGACUACAUCUGCUUUCCAUCUAAUAAGGAUGCUAAGUGCAGCAGAGAAGAGAUCCUGUCUGAGUUUUGCUCCCUGUAACAAUGGCUUGACGUGAUUGGAUGAGCCACCCUUGGCACCACGCCUUGUGCCUGUGACUCGGAUGGAUUCUGCUUGUCUGAAGGAUUUCUGCAAGUCCUCAGAGUUGUCCAACCCGCCUGGGCUCAACACUGGAGCCCGUGAGAAACACAUUCAAAGUAAAACUUGAGAUCGUUAACCUGGGUAUGAAGACUGGGGACACCCUGAAAGUCAAGGGCAAGAUCUCUGAUGAUGAAGAUGGCUUCAGCAUCAAUCUUGGCUACAGCUCCUCAGACUUGGCACUCCACUUCAAUCCCCGCUUCAACGAGUCUGUCAUCGUCUGCAACUCCAGGUGCUCCAACACCUGGCAGACAGAGCAUCGUGAUGACCACCUCUGUUUCUCCAAGGGCUCCACUGUCAAGAUUGCCAUUAAAAUGGAGGGAGACAAAUUCGAAGUGAAACUACCAGAUGGGCAUGAAGUGGAGUUCCCCAACCGGCACAGCUAUGACAAGAUCAAGUACAUGAGCAUCAAGGGAGGCUUCAGGGUCACUUCCUUCAAGCUGGACUGAUAGACACAAUUCUCUAGCUCUAAUAAAAACCCAACCAG